AUGGACUCACCUCUUCAUCAUCAUCUUCAAGAAACCAAACCCACCGCCAACACCGAUGUUACUACCACUCUUAGUGAAACAUCUAACAACAGCACUGAUGAUUCGUCAUCAGUGCAGUUGUUAGAUAAUAAUAACAGCACCAGCACCGCCAACACCAACACCAACAAUAAUAACAAUAAACAGAACCGUAAAUGUAAAGGUAAAGGUGGACCUGAUAACAAUAAGUUUCGUUAUCGUGGUGUUAGACAACGUAGUUGGGGUAAAUGGGUUGCUGAAAUUCGUGAACCACGUAAACGUACUCGUAAAUGGCUUGGUACUUUUUCAACUGCUGAAGAUGCUGCUAAAGCUUAUGAUCGUGCUGCUACUAUUCUUUAUGGUUCUAGAGCUCAACUUAAUCUUCAACCUUCUAAUAACAACUCUCAUAACUCUUCUUCUUCUUCUUCAUCAUCCUCUUCGUCUCGAUUAAAUUCUUCCAAUAAUACCCUUCGUCCUUUACUUCCUCGUCCUUCUGGUUACUCUUUCACUUACCCUUUUGCUUUUUACAAUCAUUUUCUUCAUCAUAAUCAUCAUUAUAAUUAUAAUAAUAAUCCUCAUCAAGAAAUGGUGCAACUUCAACAGAAUCAAGAAUAUCGUCAUCAGCAGCAGCUAUGUCAUCAAGAUUUUGAACAUGCAAGUGGUGAUUUUGGUAGAUCAGUUAUCUCGUACCAGAAUCAUGUUCAUGGUACUAAAUAUGUUGAUGAAGAAGAAUUGCAUGCACAACAUGUUUUGAACAUUCAGCAACAGAAUCAGAUGAAUAAUAAUAAUAAUAUUCAGAAUUGUGUGGUUGAGAGUUCUUUGGUGGGGUCAUCAAGUUUUGAGGGUUCUUCUCAAAAUAAUAAUAUUGAUGGAACAGUGGUGGAUCCAGAUCCAGUUUGUGAUUCUAUGUGGCCAGCUUUGACAAAUGAAGAAGAUUAUACAACAACUAGUUUAUGGGAUUAUAAUGAUAAUUUCUUCUUUGAUUUUUGA